UACCUCCUCAAUGUGUCCACCAGGUGGCGGUGCUGCCUUUUCAAACCUACUUGAAGCGUCAUUCCUAUUACCCGACAUUCCCUGCGAGUAAGCAGCCUUCAGACCUAAGGACACUGAGCGGUAAUAUUAUAGCGGAAUUUCUCUGUGAAAGAUAUCCUGCAGCUUGAAGAUGUCUGACAAUAUCGAGGAGAAGAUCAAAAACUACAGGACGGCUCCAUUCGACGCCCGCUUCCCCAACACCAACCAGACCCGCAACUGUUUCCAAAACUAUCUGGAUUUCCACAGAUGUAACAAAGCUCUGUCUGCCAAAGACCAGGACACGGCUCCCUGUGAUUGGUACCAGAAGGUCUACAAGAGCCUCUGCCCCACGAGCUGGGUUCAGAAAUGGGACGAUCAGUUGGAGGAGGGAAGUUUCGCCGGAAAGAUCUGAACGGACACAUUCCUCUGUUUUCAUCUCAGUAUCUUAAUGUGAAGCGUCUGCUCUUUCUGUACAGAAGCGACUAAAUAAAUGAUAUAAUGCUACUGUGAA